GGGCUGACGUCGCGCUGGGAAUGCCCUGGCGGAGACACGGAGGCCGGGUAGAGAGCGCUUGCGGGCGCCGGGCGGAGCUGCUGCGGAUCAGGACCCGAGCCGAUUCCCGAUCCCGACCCAGAUCCGGACCCGCGCCCCUGCCCCGCUGCCGCCAUGUACGACGCCGAGCGCGGCUGGAGCUUGUCCUUCGCGGGCUGCGGCUUCCUGGGCUACUACCACGUCGGGGCGACCCGCUGCCUGAGCGAGCACGCCCCGCACCUCCUCCGCGACGCGCGCAUGUUGUUCGGCGCUUCGGCCGGGGCGUUGCACUGCGUCAACGUCCUCUCCGGGAUCCCGCUGGAGCAGACUCUGCAGGUCCUCUCGGAUCUUGUGCGGAAGGCCAGGAGUCGGAACAUUGGCAUCUUCCAUCCAUCCUUCAACUUGAGCAAGUUCCUCCGACAGCUUCUCUCCAGCUACCUCCCGGCCAACAUCCACCAGCUCGUCUCUGGCAAAAUAUGCGUCUCACUCACCAGAGUGUCUGAUGGGGAAAACGUUCUGGUGUCUGACUUUCGGUCCAAAGACGAAGUCGUGGAUGCCUUGAUAUGUUCCUGCUUCAUCCCUUUCUACAGUGGCCUUAUCCCUCCUUCCUUCAGAGGCGUGCGAUAUGUGGAUGGAGGAGUGAGUGACAGCAUACCCUUCAUUGAUGCCAAAACAACCAUCACCGUGUCCCCCUUCUAUGGGGAGUACGACAUCUGCCCUAAAGUCAAGUCCACGAACUUUCUUCACGUGGACAUCACCAAGCUCAGCCUACGCCUCUGCGCAGGGAACCUCUACCUUGUCUCGAGAGCAUUUGUCCCCCCGGAUCUCAAGGUGCUGGGAGAGAUAUGCCUUCGAGGAUAUUUGGACGCAUUCAGGUUCUUGGAAGAGAAGGGCAUCUGCAACAGGCCCCAGCCGGGCCUGAAGUCAUCCUCAGAGGGGAUGGAUUCUGAGGUCGCCGCGCCCAGCUGGGCAAACAUGAGUCUGGAUUCUUCCCCGGAGUCGGCUGCCUUGGCUGUGAGGCUAGAGGGAGACGAGCUGCUAGAUCACCUGCGUCUCAACAUCCUGCCCUGGGAUGAGAGCAUCCUGGACACCCUCUCGCCCAGGCUCGCUGCAGCACUGAGUGAAGAAAUGAAAGACAAAGGUGGAUACAUGAGCAAGAUUUGCAACUUGCUACCCAUUAGGAUAAUGUCUUAUGUAAUGCUGCCGUGUACCCUGCCUGUGGAGUCUGCCAUUGCGAUUGUCCAGAGACUGGUGACGUGGCUUCCGGAUAUGCCCGACGAUGUCCUGUGGCUGCAGUGGGUGACCUCACAGGUCUUCACUCGAGCACUGAUGUGUCUGCUCCCCACCUCCAGGUCUCAAAUGCCAGUGAGCAGCCAACAGGCCUCCCCAUGCAAACCUGAGCAGGACUGGCCCUGCUGGACUCCCUGCUCCCCCGAGGGCUGUCCAGCAGAGACCAAAGCAGAGGCCACCCCGCGGUCCAUCCUCAGGUCCAGCCUGAACUUCUUCGUGGGCAAUAAAGUACCUGCCGGUACUGAGGGGCUCUCCACCUUUCCCAGCUUUUCACUAGAGAAGAGUUUGUGAGUCACUUGAGGAGGCGAGUCUAGGAGAUUCUUUCAGAGGUGCUAAAGUUUCCCAUCUUUGUGCAGCUACCUCCGCAUUGCUGUGUAGUGACCCCUGCCGGUGACGUGGAGGAUCCCAGCCUCUGAGCUGAGAUGGUUUUAUGAAAAGCUAGGAAGCAACCUUUCGUCUGUACAGCAGUCCAGCACUUAAGUCUAAUACGUCAGCGUGCGUUAGUUCAGCUGGUUGGGAAAUGACACCCAGCAGCCUAGUGCGGAGGGUCCCUUACUGACUGUUACGUGGCCCAAUUAAUGGUCAGACUGUUCCAGCAUGAGGUUCUUAGAAUGACUUGUGUUUGGAUGGGUAGGGGCCUUGUGAUGGCGGGUGGGCUGGCCCAUGUGUGAUCUUGUGGGGUGGAGGGAAGAGAAUAGCAUGAUCCCACUUCCCCAUGCUGUGGGAAGGGGUGCAUUUAGUCCCCAACAAGGACACUGCCUGUCAGGUGGCCUGCAAAGAUGAUAACCUUGACUACUGAAAACGUCUCCAUGGCGGGGGUAACAAGAUGAUAACCUACUUACAUUUUAGAACAGCUUUUUCACCUAGCUAAAAUAAUGUUUAAAGGGUUUUGUAUAAAAAUGUAAGGAAGUGUUGUUAUCUGUUGAAUUUUGUAUUAUGUGAAUCAGUGAGAUGUUAGUAGAAUAAGCCUUAAAAAAAAAAAUCGGUUGGGCGCUGUGGCACAUGCCUGUAAUCCCAGCACUUUGGGAGGCCGAGGUGGGCAGAUCACCUGAGGUCAGGAGUUUAAGACCAGUCUGGCCAACAUGGCAAAACCCUGUCUCUACUAAAAAUACAAAAAUUAGCUGAGCGUGGUGGUGCGUGCCUGUAAUCCCAGCUAUUCGGGAGGCUGAGGCAGGAGAAUCACUUGAACCCAGGAGGCAGAGGUUGCGGUGAGCCGAGAUCGCACCAUUUCACUCCAGCCUGGGCAACACGAGUGAAACUCUGCCUCAAAAAAAAAAAAAAAAAAUUAAAAAACACAAAAAUCUAGCGUGCAGGGCAUUCACCUCGGCCCUCCAGGCAGGAGCCAAACACAGCAGGAGCUUCCGCCUCCUCCCCACUGGAGCACACAACUUCAACCUGGCUUAUUUUCCACAUGCUUCUGGUCUACGUUCUUUUUUUCUCCUUGCAUCUUCCCAUUCUCUCAUCACCCCAACCUCUCUCUGUCUUCCCUACUCUGCCAGCCUUGACAGAGACAAGCCCUUGAGACCAGAACGCACCUUUUCCCCAGGUGUGAUAAUUUAUUAGCAAGGUCAGUGUAAUAUGACUGACAGUGAAACGUGUAUUUUUUUUCUAUUUAUGCAUUUGAGUACAGUACAUACAAGAAAAAUAAUGGUAUGCUCAAACUGUUACAUGUUGGAAAAGAAAGUAACAACCCUCACCCAUGUUGUGUAAGUGCCCUGGAGUGGAAGAACCAGCAAGUUCAGACAAAGCACUUGACUGAGAAGACAGACCCUUUAAAGGAAACGGGUUCUAAGGACAAACUCUAUGUGAGCCUGUUCUCUUGAUGAGACCGGGAACUCUGAGAAAAGAGGCUACUUGUGAAAUUAAUGAGCCCCCUUCAGGGCAGGAGUUCCGGGGUUUGAACCUGCCUUAUUACAUCUUGAGGGCUAAGUGAGUUCCCAAGGCCUCUGUUCAGUGCUUGCUCUGUCAGUGAGCUCAGGUCUGGUGAGUGGCCGGGUCUUACACCCCCAACUCCACCGGGUGUCAGAGCAAGACACUGUCCCCUGUGGAGCUGGAAUGGGGUAGAGGAGCCCGCAUCUGGCACCCACAUGGCCUCCUUGUGACGGAUCCACCCUUGCAAUGUUGGAAAAGAAAGUUACAAGUUUCUUUUCCCAAGUUUCCCAAUAGGCUUUGUUCUGUUAGCACCACAUCUUCACUCAUUAGCAGAUAUAACUAAACUUUAAUAGUAUUUUUUUCUUUUUUUUUUGAGAUGGAGUUUCGCUCUUGUUUCCCAGGCUGGAGUGCAAUGGCAUGAUCUCAGCUCACCACAACCUCCGCCUCCCUGGUUCAAGCGAUUCACCUGCCUCAGCCUCCCAACUAGAUGGAAUGACAGGCAUGUGCCACCACGCCCGGCUAAUUUUUUGUAUUUUUAGUAGAGAUGGGGUUUCUCCAGGUUGGUCAGGCUGAUCUCGAACUCCUGACCUCAGAUGAUCCGCCCGCCUUGGCUUCCCGAAGUGUUGGGAUUCCAGGCGUGAGCCACUGCGCCCAGCCGACAGUAUUUUCUAAUAGCCAAUAUAUUUCCAUAUACACAGAUGUAUACAUGGGUAUUGUGAUUGUUAUCAGGAAAAAAAUAUAUUAAAUGGCUGAUAAGAUACCAUGGGACUUAUUUUCUUUCUGCUUUUAAAAAUUAUUCAGGCCAGGUGCUGUGGCUCAUGCCUGUAAUCCCAGCAGUUUGGGAGGCCAAGGUGGGCAGAUCAUCUGAGGUCAGGAGUUCAGGACAAGCCUGGCCAACAUGGUGAAACCCCGUCUCUACUAAAAACACAAAAAUUAGCCAGGUGUGGUGGCAGGUGCCUGUAAUCCUAACUAGUGGGUUGGCUGAGGCAGGAGAAUCGCUUGAACCCAGGAGGCGGUGGUUGCAGUGAGCCAAGAUCGUGCCACUGCACCCCAGCCUGGGUGACAGAGUGAGAUUCCAUCUCAAAAAAAAAAAAAAUAAAAAAUAAAAAAUAAAUUAUUCAAUCUUCUUUAUUUUUAUUUUUUUAAUUACUAAAAUUAUUUUUAGUAGAAACAGGGUCUUGCUGUGUUACCCAUGCUAGUCUUGAACUCAUUGGCUUAAGCAGUCUUCCUGCCUUAGCCUCACAAAGUGCUGGGAUUACAGGCAUGCCUGGCCCCUCCACCUUCUUAAAAUGAGCAUUUGUUUUAUAAUUUUUUCCAAGUGUGUAUCAAGAUAAGGAAAUCAGGAAGUGUAAUACUCUUAUAGAAAUGACCAAGGCCUCCCCCUACACCUGUGCCUCAGAUGCUACCCAAUCCCGCCUUCUCUGCCCCUCCGGAAGGCACCCUUUGCUUAGGCCUCCCUCUCUUUCUGAACCACCUCUGGAAGUUUCUUAUCAGCCUAUGAGUGCAUUCUUAUUUAUUCUUAUCAAAUAAAGCCUUCCCUUUAAUUUAUGGCACAUUUAUGCUUUGGAAUCCACUCUCAGGAAUAAUCAGUAUGUAGUAUAUUACAUGUCAGGUGGCAACAUUUUUUUUUUUUUUUUUGAAGCAGGGUCUCGCUCUGUCAUCCAGGCUAGCGUACAGUGGUGCAAUCAUAGUUCACUGCAGCCUCAACUUCCUGGGGUCAAGCCAUCUUCCCACCUCAGUCUCCCAAGUAUCUGGAAACACAGGUGUGCGCUACCACACCCAGCUAGUUUUUUUGUAGAGACAGGGUCUUGCCAUGUUGCCCAGGCUGAUCUCCAACUCCUGGGCUCAAGUGAUGCCCCUGCCUUGGCCUUCCAAAGUGCUAGGAUUACAGGUGUGAGCUGCCAUGCCUGGUCCAACAUUCUUCAUUUGGUAAACAGCAAAACUUAGUGCAGACUAUGAGCCUUAUUUUGUUAAAAAAAUAUAUAUAUAUGUGUGGGUGUGUAUAUAUAUCUGUGUGUGUAUAUAAAAAGACUGAAAGAGGGCUGGGCACGGUGGCUCAUGCCUGUAAUCCCAGCACUUUGGGAGGCUGAGGGGGGCGGAUCACUUGAAGUCAGGAGUUUGAGACCAGCCUGGGUGAAACCCCAUCUCUACUAAAAAAUGCAAAAAUUAGCUGGGCAUGGUGGCGGGCACCUGUAAUCCCAGCAACCAGGGAAGCUGAGGCAGGAGAAUCACUUGAACCCAGGAGGUGGAGGUUGCAGUGACCCGACAUGCAGUGAGACUCCACCUCAAAAAAAAAAAAAAAAGACUAUAAGGAUAUAUAUCAAAACCCUUACGGCAGUUAUCAUUAGACUGUUGUUUGUUAUUGUAUUUUAUUUGUCGUGUUUAUAUGUGUUGCCCAAGUUUCUAUGGUGAACGGUAUGCAUCACUUUCAGCGUGAGAAAAUAACUCCUAAUAAAUGUGAUUCUUAAAGGA